AUAUUAUAUAAUUAUUAUCGUGCAAUAUUUACAUUUAUUCCAUGACCAAUAUUGGCUUUACGUGGACAAUAUAUGGCUAGUGCAUUUUUCAUAUAACAUUGAAUCCAUAUUUAGCCACUGCUUAGCCAAUGUACUGUGCUAUUGUACUAGAGUUAGCUUAGACUGAAACCUCGCCUAUCUUUUUGCACAUCAGUGUUGCACAUAAUGUCCUCCGAUAAUUUCGUCAAAUAAUAUCAGUAAUCACAGUACUAUCUCGUACCACUAGAGAUAUAACUUUAAAUAAUUAAUCUUUAAUGAGCCAAGUGUUUAAUAAUCUUUUAAUCGCGGCUGCUCGUGUUACUUAGAGCUCAAGCAACGUAAUCAGUAAUGAGUAUUGUUAAUAGUCGUUCAUUGACGUAUCGAUAAUAGCUGCGUUCUUCGUAAAAAUUAACCAUUGUACGUAUUUUUUAUUCUGUUGCUUUGCAUUGUAAAUAUAUUUUACUACAUUAUACGUAAUUAUGCAUAGGCGUAUGUUUUAUUAUAUUACAUUUAUAAAGUUUCAUUCGCCAAAAGUAUCGUGGUCAGAUAUAAGUACAAGAUGAUUCGCAACAAGAGUUGAAAGUUAAUUGCGAAUAGCCAAUCAACUUGCAACGUUUCUGUAAGAGCAGAAUAUUCGCUUACGUUUCUCCUUCGGAAUGAAUUCAAGAAUCGAGCCCCUGGCCACCGUCUCGCGGGUCUCGCGUGCCGUCGCACUUUUCGCUGCGUCCGCUAGGUGGCGCCAGGAUGCCCGCGCCUCGCUGCUUCUCGGAAGCCUCUUACAUUCGUGUAGGAUGUUUCCUGCCGGGCGCCAUGUUUGUCGCGGCCGCGUUUGCCGACAAAGUAAUCCACGGGAGCGAUCAGCUCGGUAGUUUCAAAAGCGAACAUCUUACACGCGUGUACAACAUCUAACGAGCGGCCCCCGCGUUUUCGCUCAUCGACGAUCAGUGGCGUUCGUUUGUAAUCCUCGAAGGCGCCUCGUAUGUGGGAUCGCGGGGCGGCGAGUGUCGGAACCGAGGAGACUCGCCGGGGACUCUGCUACGCGGUGCGCGGUGCGUGGCCGACAGCAGCGACAAAGGGAAGCGGAAUUGGCCGCGCUCGAUUUCCUCGGGGGAUACGGUUUUAGCGUAGCCACCUCUGAGCGGGCCGCGCGGAGACCGCGCGCACCUUCGACAAGGGACUCCGCGGUCUCGCGAAUCUCGCAGCUCGCGGCUCCCGUGCCACCGGCACGCGGCGGAUCCGUGCGGCGCGGUCGCGCGCGGCAUAACCUAAUCCCGGUGGCUCGGCCGUUCGCUGCGUGUGUGCCGUGCGCGCGUGCACCCCCUUUUCGCGCUCCCGUCACCCGCGCGACGAUGGCGAUGAGCGAGGACCUCGGUUUCGCCGAGCUCUGCAGGCUGUGCUCGCUCAAGAGUAAUCACCAGCUGCAGAUAUUCGACAAGGAGAGCGAGCAGCGGCAGCUGCUGUUCAAAAUACGCUCCUGCGUGCCCAUCGCGUUAGGAAAAGAGGAUGGUCUGCCAAAAAAUAUCUGUCACAGAUGUCUCUACAAGAUAGACCUGUUCUACGAGUUCCGUCUCAGCUGCCUGUCCACGGAGACGAUACUGAAGAAUUACGCGGACUCCUUGAAGAACAUCGUCGCGCUUAACAAUCAGAGUACGGACAAGGACAAGAUGUCAAACGGCGGGCAGCAGCAGCAGCACGCGAGUUACGCGGAGACGCACAGUGCGGCACACACGGCGCUCCAGCAGCACAUGGCACAGCAGGCGAGGCUAGCUGCGUCCGGGCCGCACGCGGCCCCGCAGCCGCCGAACCCCACGUUCACCCUGCCGGACGACGGGCUCGGCUACGACGACGGAGUAAGGGUGCUGCGGUCCAUCGGAACGUGGUCAUCGGAUUAUUCUGCCGCAAUGCGGCCCAGCAUGAUGCCGGCGUUUCCUGGAGCGGACCAGCAGUUCGGAAGUAGAGCGCCGACGGUAAAUCAACCAUUACGGACAACGACGACGAACAGCGUGAAUGUUCGCCCGGGAUCUGUUUCAAAAGCGACCAAUACUGGUGAGCCAACGACGAAGGCGUUUGCCUGCACUGUGUGCGGCAAGGGGCUCGCCCGUAAGGACAAACUCGUCAUACACAUGCGUAUACAUACCGGCGAGAAGCCGUAUUCUUGCGAGGUGUGCGGUAAAGCGUUUGCGCGUCGAGACAAGUUGGUCAUUCAUAUGAACAAACUCAGACACAAACCCGGUGUUUCGCCCCUGUCGGCGCCUACCACACCAAGAUCUGAUCAGCAUCAACAGCAGCAACAGCAGCAGCAGCAGCAACAGCAGCAGCAGCAAGCGCAGCAGCAACAACCAUCUCGCCAAGAUAGCAUUCAUAAAUUGAAGGAGGAGCCGAUGAGCUGGUCCUGCGAACUGUGCGGACGAUCGCUCGCUACCAGAGAUGAAUGGACGCAACACGCUCGAUCUCAUUUGGAAGUAGUACCGCCACAACACGCUGCUCCGUAUUUCCCAGGAUCUGCUCCGCCGCCGCAAUCCUAUACCGCCGAGAGAAACUUCUGCUUGCUGUGUCGCGUCGACUUCACGGAUAAGGCCGAGUUUCUGUUCCAUAUACGUACGCACUGCGAGCACGGGCAGCAGUCGGGCGGUAAACAGAGCAGCGGAGAUGCGACGGCCGAACUCAUUGCCAGAGGACUCGUCGAUCCUUCCGGAUUAUGCAGCUAGAAUUACUCUUUUCCCUGUCACUACGUACCGUCGAUUUGUGUCUUACCAUAGUACAAGUUUUCUGCUCCACUUCGACCAGAAACUUUCGCAUAGAAUGUCAUGCAUAUUGUGAUUGUAAUGAUAUAUGUACCAACUUAUCGAUAAUAGAUACACAGUAGCAUGUUCGAUAACGAUAACUGGAUAAUCGGUAACGAGUAGCAAUCUUGGUACAAUAUUCAUUAUGGAUUAAGUUGGUAUUCCGUGCAACUGUGAUUAUUUUUUAAUAUAUUUUUAUUACAUCCUGUUGCACAUGAUGAAAAUUUAUGACUGGGGGAUAUUAUUUCGAAGGUUAUUUUGAAUUUUACAAAUUAAGUUUUUGAUCAUUCUCUUACAUGGUAUUUGUGUCUUACUGUACACUUACAAAUCACUGGGAAAAUUAAUUUUUUUUUUAAUGUAAUCUUAGCAAGUUUAUUUGACAACCAGAUUAUUAAAGAAAUUGCGAUAUGCGCACUUUGUAAUAAAUACAUAUCAUCAGAACAGAGUUAUUUUCAGAAAUACACUACUGUGUAUCUUGACACAAGAUAAGAUCUAUAUUAUUGAGGAAAGGAAAUUUAAGUACUGAUGUGAUACUGAGCUAUGGUAAGAGUGCACACUAUUGUGUCAGUAUUUAAAAGCUAUUACUUAAUAGUAUACGUUCCUACAGAACUAGCUUCCUGCUGUUUGUAGGUACUAGUAGAUUCCUAUUCUGUAACUUUUUAACAUGUAACUAUAAGCUUUAUUCACGUUAUAGAUACAGUAAUAUUUCAGUCACGCUUAUACUAAUUCUCCCAAGAUUUAUUAUUAUUUCAAUACAUUUUGUUUAAUUAAUAACAGAAAUAUGAUGUUACUUAUUUAUCAUUUCUUAAUAUUUGAAACUGAUAGUAUAAAUAAUUUAUUUGUUUUAUUAAUGAAUAUUCUUUACUUAGUGAUGUAGCAAGACUGAAAUAAAAUUGGGUCGUUAUUAUGUCUAUAUACAGCGUGAAUGAAGCCUAAAAGUAACCAUAUAGUUAGUAUAAAACAUACGCAUGGAAAGACCGAUUAAUGAUAUGAUAAGCUACCACACACUGUUGCAUCAUUAGUUAGAAUUAAAUAGUUGCAAUUAAAAAGUUACAAAACUGGGCCUGUAGCAGUAUGUACUCUGAUGUACAGGUUUGUUCUCAAUGCUAUUAUAUUUUUUUAUAUGUAUAUGUAUGUUUUCAACUGCAACGUUAUAAUUUAGAGAAUUUAUUAUUUUGAUAGCCUAUCGUUCUCUUUGAUCUAGAUUUUAAUAUCAAUGAAUUAUGCCAGUUUACAGAUCUGAUUUGGAAAAUUAUUAUAUUUUAUACAGAAUGAUUCAUCUAAUUUGAUAUUUAUGUAAUUAUAUAUAUAUGUGUAGUUCAUCAUCAUCAUAUAUUUAAUGGUUCCCCUUUGGGUUACAUGGCGCUUUUUCCAGGGAGCGUACCCGAACCCUUUACACCUUCAUAUAUGUGUAGUUUAAUUUACUCUAACUUUUUUUUAUAUGGAAAAAGAUUUGAAGCAUCAAUUAGUUAAUAGCGUGAUUUUAAAGAAGAUAUCAGUUUUAGAUUUUAUAUCAAAAUCAAAUUUUACAAAGACGAUUAUUAAAAAUUUAUACAUAAAAAAUUAUGUGGAUAAUAGUAAUAUUUUAUUAAAAAUGUUUGUAAUUUUUUUUGGUCACACUUGGUCUUUUUAUCUAAGUUGUCAGAUGAGAUGAAUUAUUUUGUGUAAUAUUAUUAUGCUUAUCAACCACUCGUUGAUUAUAUUCGCUUACAUACGUUGGAACAUGUUAAAUUUUCGUUAUCUACUAUACCUUUAACUGAAUUUUAUGAAUUUCCAAAGACAGUUGGUCGAAUGCAUUGUCAAUUUAUGUACCAAACACGGCUCCUUACAGCAUAGCUAUCAGCGUUAAUCGCGUAUUUAAAAUCAAGUUUAAAAGAACAAAUUUUAAUUUGAAGUGCUCCGAAUUUCUUCAGGUUUUAUUCAAAGAAUUUUCUACAAGUGUACACUUUCUUUUUUACAUAACUUACAUAUAACUCUGUAAGACAUGCUCAAAAUUUAUAUAUUUAUUAUUACUUAAUGUUUAACUUGAGUAAAAUAUUUUCAUCGCUGUUUUUUACCACGGUACAAUUACUUUAUUAUAACGAUUAUCCUUGGAAUCUCAAAUAUCAGCAUGUACUUAAUCAAGGACGCUCGAGGGUUAUACUUAGUUAUUAUGAAUAUUGAGAAUAUAUGGUGGAGCAUUUAUCUUACGGUUAAUAUCGUAAAUUAUUCACGAUAUUACACGUAUUCCACUGCGUCGAAAAAAUAUAAAGAGAGUUCGUAUUUUUUAAUUUUUCUCUUGCGUUAUAUUUAAGUUUCAGACAAUAUAAUAUGUGCAGUUCGGUAAAUAUUAUUGAGCGGUAUUCAUAGUUCGACCAUGUAUUCCACAUCGUCUUAAGUCCCCGGUCAUGAAUAGUUUUGAGAUGUUAUUCAAUGAAAUGACCAUCUCGAGAUCGCAUUUAAGACGAUUUCGAGUAUCGGAAUAUGAAUACUGCCCACUGUUUUAUCGGGAAAGAAAGAUAUGUACACGAAUACAUACGUUAUUUGUACCGGGAAAUUAGCGACAAUAAUCGAGUUCCAAUUUUCGCUAGGAACCCGAAUACGCGCGUCAACAUAUUGGCAGAGACUCUCAGGCGUUUUAAUGUGAAUUUGCAUUGUGAACAAACUAUAUCUUCCAGAAGAAGCCGAUAGGAUUCGCUUGUUACAGCGCUUAAAGCUUCCUCUCGUCUCCCUAGAAUAGUUUUCUAAGAUAAGCCAGUAAAAGUUGCGCUAAGAACGCGAAACUGCCGUGCCUCCUGCCCCACAUACAAAUCCGCUUCCGGGUCGUUUUCCAUUCGACGGUCGCUUUAUGGGACGACCGUUGCCUCUGCGAUGAUAUAAAAAUCAAAAGUCGGAGCCUAACGCUGAGCGUAUAUUUUGUGUAACGUAACAUUUACAACUAUGUCACUAGAGGUAUAAUCACUGCGACAAUAGCGAAUUAUCUUAGACUAUCGUACGCAUGACAAGCAAUUACGUCGGGCCACCGUCCCGAGUCUCUACCCGAACUUAUAUUUUUUAGCGUAGUGAGAUUAGCGAAUAGCACUGCCCGCCGCAAGGCCCAUUUUUUUAACCUCACGACGCUCGUCCGCGUCGACGCCGCGCGACGUAUUGUCUUGUAUCGAAAGCGGCAAUCAAAUUUAAAUCGAAUGCCUUCGGAGUCAACCACCUAUUUGCAGUUUAGAAGAUAAAUAAUUAACAUACGCCUACAAAUCGGUCACGAUGAGGACUAACGUUAGUAGCGUUCGAUGGAGAACAUUGGGAAUACUCGAGCCAAUACACUGUUCUCUACUGUGGGAAUGAAACAACGUAGGCCGAUUGCACGCUUCGAGGUACCGUUCAAUGUAAGCGUGAGAAUGCAUGCAGCCCGUUGCAACUUGAAUUUCUUUACGGAGAUUUUUUGUACAAAGGAAAGAGAGAGAGAGAGAAAGAGAGAGAAAAAGUAAGACGAGAAGAGAGGAAAAAGCGACGCGUUCGAAGACGCGACACAUAACGUUCUCGUGCGUCGAGGAUUCGGAAGGAUAGACGCAUAGUGCCUUUUCUCUGGGACUUAUUCACACCACGGUCAUCGUUUGAAAUUUCACGCGUUGGGGAGGCACACCGGCAUAAGUGAAACAUUGACAUAAGUUAGUUACUUAGGUAAGAACGGCGUUUAUUUUUCAGUUUCGUCCUUCUGUUACGAGGGGAGUGAACGUUCGAUGCCACACUGCCUCUACAGCAGCUGUUUUUAGACUACUUUUAUACUGUUGAUGUCACGCGCAGCUAAUCAGAGUCUGUAUAUUACUGCCAUAAUUAUAUUCGGAACGAAAUGUAUACUCAAUAUACCUUUAUAAAUAAAACACGACCAAAAAGGAAA